AUGAAACUUCCAGAAUCUUCUCAUGCUACUGCUAGAAUGUCGGUUGUUGGAGCUGGCAAGAUGGGGAAACUCGUGAUCAAACACUUGGCUGCAAAAGGGUGCACAAAAAUAGUGGUUGCUAACAGAACUGAGAACAAAAUUGCAGUUACGCAAGAAGAGCUCAAGAACAUUAAAAUAGUUUAUAAACCUCUCUCCGAAAUGUUGGCAUGCUGCAGAGAUAGAUGUAGUUUCACCGGAACUGCUCAGAAACUGAGCUUUCUACUAAAGAGAUCGUUCAGACGCUCUCUCAGAUGGAGGUUAUUCGUUGACAUUUAUGCUCCUCGAAAUGUGGGAUCAUGUAUGUCCGAUCUUGAAACUGCUCAAGUUUACAAUGUGAAUGAUUUGAAUGAAGUUGUGGCCGGUAAUACAGAGGACUGGCUGCAGAAAGCAAUGGAAGCUCAGGCAAUCACUGAGGACGAAGUGAAAGAGUUUGAAGCCUGGAACGACUCUCUUUAG